AUGGGCGGAUCCCAUAUUCUUGUACUUGGGGGCACUGGCCCUGCGGGGAUCUGCCUCUUGCGGGAACUACUAUAUCGCGGAUACCCUACUAUCGCCUACGCGAGGAACCCGGCCAAGAUCCCCGAUGAUCUGUCGUCCAACCCACUUCUUCAGGUCAUCCAGGGUGAUAUGAGCGAUCUCCCGAAGCUCUCGCCAGCCAUCGCCCAGGCCAGCGCCAUCAUCUCGAUGCUCGGUCCAAACUCCUUGCGAGCGUCAGACCCGCGGCAGUUUGCCGAGUUUUACUCGCAGAGCAUCUUUCCUCUUAUGAGAGAGCACUCGGUGAGCCGCAUCCUCGCCAUGGGAACGCUGUCAAUCUGGGAGCCGCAGGACAAGCCCUCAUGGAUUCGGUGGCUCCUUGUCCUUGUCGUACGAGUAAUUGCCCCAACGGCCUACAAAAACAUCCUCAAUAUCGCACACGUGUUUGAGACAGAGGCAACGGGACUUGGUUGGACCGUGUAUAGAAUUGCAAGAAUACCAGGGGGCUGCGACGAAUCUAGUUGGCGGAAGGAUAGAACGGACGGCGAGACGUUUGUGGGGGGGAUGGCACAUAACGGCUGGUGUUCUUGGCAGAGGAGGGCUGCUUUGACAAGGUGGCUUGUCGACGCCGUUGAAGGGGGAGCAGAUGAGUGGAUCGGAAGGAUGCCGGCCGUGAGUCGACUGGCGGGGAGUAAGAGUAAACUAGACUGA